AUGCUAAUGCAUAAAUAUUGCCACAAUAUAUACACAUUCAGCAUUUUGAUCGUGGCUUACUCCAUUUUUGUUUGCUAUUAUGGUUUAAAUAGAAAAGUAAUUGUAAAUAACAAUUCAACCCAAUUGAAUAAUAUCUAUUCUUUUAAUAAUAAUAACGAUAAUACUACCAUCACCUCACUAAAUCUAAUUAUUGCACAUCCCGACGAUGAAGUCAUGUUUUUUAAUCCUAUCAUUAACGCACUAAACUACGUGUAUAAUGAAAAAACGGAUAAUACAAACAAUCACAGCGAUACAAUAUUAAGAGUGAUUUGCCUAUCUAAUGGCAAUGCCGACGGAUUAGGAGAUAUAAGAUACCACGAAUUGCAUAAUUCAUUAAAGGCAUUAUGGUCGAACCAUGAUAAUCUACAAAUCCAUGUAGCUAAUUUUACAGACUCAAUGGAAAUAUAUUGGGAUUCAAAUGCUAUUGACCAAUAUAUCAAAUCAAAUAAUAUUAUUCCGGAUCCAAACCCUUUGUUUAUAACUUUUGAUGAAAGAGGCAUAUCUAAUCAUCCAAAUCAUAUAAGUUGUUAUAAUUAUGUUAAACAUUACAUUUCUACAGAGAAUGAGAAAAAUAAUGCACAUGCCUUGAUUUUACAAUCCCCCUCCUUUGCAGAAAAAUAUUCCUCUAUAUGGAAAGUACCAUUUAUACUAUUUCGCACCAGUACUAACACUAAUACACUAACCUUUGUAAAUAGUAUCCAUGAUUGGAUUUUUGCCUUGGGCGUAAUGUCUCAAAAACAUUAUUCUCAGAUGGUAUGGUUUAGGUUUCUUUGGUGGACUUUUAGUUCACUGGUUUUUUAUAAUACUUUUACAUAUAUAUGA